AAAUAGCACACGGAUCUCUUAUCCUGACCGUCCAAAUUUUCCUUUCUUACCCAUCUUCUCUUCUAUAUAUAGUCUUAACCCUUCAUUAAACUAUUCUCUGUUGAUACAGCUAGAAAGACAAAGGUUUAGAAGAUUCGAGAUGGCCCGUACUAAGCAAACUGCUCGUAAGUCAACUGGAGGAAAGGCUCCUAGGAAGCAACUCGCUACCAAGGCUGCCCGUAAGUCUGCUCCAACGACCGGUGGAGUCAAGAAGCCUCACCGUUAUCGCCCUGGAACUGUUGCUCUUCGUGAAAUUCGCAAGUAUCAGAAGAGUACUGAGUUACUGAUCAGGAAACUCCCUUUCCAGAGGCUAGUCCGUGAAAUUGCCCAGGAUUUCAAGACUGAUCUGCGCUUCCAGAGCCACGCGGUUCUUGCCCUGCAGGAGGCAGCUGAGGCAUACCUUGUGGGUCUGUUUGAGGACACUAACCUUUGCGCCAUUCAUGCCAAACGUGUUACCAUUAUGCCUAAGGAUAUCCAGCUGGCUAGGAGGAUCCGUGGUGAGCGUGCUUAAGCAUUGUGGCGGCCAUGGGCGUGUUGGUGUUCUACUUUGUUGACUUAUCUAAGAAGUCGGCCUAGGUGGCUAGGUUAGAUAGAUAGGCUUUCUGGUUGUAGUAGUUAAUAGGCUUAUGGAUAUGUGAACAUUUUGGGUGGCUGGUGGUGUUUCUUUGUUUAUUCGUUAUAUGGGGGGUUUGGAUUUGUUCUAUCACCGUUCUUUUAUGUUGUUUUUGGAUAAUGUUACCAUCUAUUAUUUGCAUCAUCAAAUGUUAAGUCUACUUUACUAA